AUAUAUAUAUAUAUAUAAUUAUUUUUUUCUUUUUGGUCUUCUGGAUCGCUUUCAAGUGAAUUAAGAUGAAAUGAUGAGAUUCCUGUAACUUUUGGAUGACCCCUUACUUGACAAAGACCGUCCCCAUCAAUUGUCCUGAGAAGUUAGGCUCUAUUUCUGCGUGCCACGGGACGUCUUUCAUGUGAUUGUUUUGUGUUUUUUUUUUCCCAAACCACUGCCUCAGUAGUUUACUCUGAUACAACACAAGUCAAAAUAUGCAACUACUGAAUCACUGAACACACGAAUUAAUUAAUGAACAUCCCUGAGAGUGCACGUUUUAUUUAUUUUACUCUUUACUUUCUAAAAGAUAAAUCUAUCGAAGAGAUAAAUUGUUUACUUCCACUGCCCCAGGGAUGGUUGAAAUUAUAUUAAUUGUAUUUUGUUUAACAUUCAUCAUAUUUAACCAGCUGUGUUUCAAUUUUUCUACUUAUUUAUUUUUUUUAAUUGAAAUAGGUUGUUUAGUUUAUGAAAAUAGCUGCUAUGUGCACACACGUCCGUUUAUGGAUUCACUUAAGCUUGAUUGGCUAAUCCGGUCACAUGGGUGUCUAAUAUUAUUCAAUUGACAGAAAGUAGGAGGGCUUUAUGGAGGGAGAAAAAACACAGCUCGACAAAAAUUAGGAUUUUCCACCUUUAGAAAUGAAUGGCCAUGAGUUCGUAUAUAGUAAACUCCAAGUAUGUGGAUCCAAAAUUCCCUCCAUGUGAGGAAUAUUCGCAGAACAGCUACAUCCCUGACCAGGAUACAGGAUGCUACAGUCCAUCGCAGGACACUGAUUUCCAGAAUUCAAUAACCUAUUCACGGUCAAACUACACCGAGCAGCACUUCAGCUGCAACACUGCGCGGGGCUCCACCGUGCAGCCGCGGGGUCAUGCACAGGAGCAUGCGAGCCGAAACAGCGCUUUCGCCGCGCAGACUGAGCCCUGUGCCCCGAUCCAAACGUCCGGGCCGCAUCAAAACACAAAGAGCCAAAUCGGAAUAUCCGCCAAACAGCCAGCGGUAGUUUACGCCUGGAUGAAGAAAGUCCACGUUACUACGGUGAACCCGGAUUACACAGGACCAGAGCCCAAACGGUCACGGACCGCGUACACGAGACAGCAGGUUUUAGAACUGGAGAAGGAAUUUCACUUUAACAGGUACCUCACGAGGCGGCGCCGAAUUGAAAUCGCCCACACGCUCUGCGUCUCCGAACGUCAGAUAAAAAUCUGGUUUCAAAACAGACGGAUGAAGUGGAAGAAAGAUCACAAGCUCCCAAACACGAAGGGGAGAUCCUCCACGGCUCCGAGUCAGCAUUUACACAAGGCGCGGGAGGACAGCCAGGCCGAUAUUACAGUAUUAUAGGAGGGGGAGACACCUCAUGGCCGUGACUGACUUACUGACAGUGUUUCGUGUGGCCCCGGCAUGGUUUCCAUUCAUUACAUUUUUUGGUCAGUGUCAUUUAACAUUGAACUGAAUCCAAACUGGCCAGUAUACAGCCUGCAGAAGAUUAAAAGACUCGCUGAAUUGCAAUGUAUCAUUUCUAACUGUAAACAGAUGUCACGGAAGCAAUGUGGAAGAAAGAAAUGAGUAAACGAGGUACAGGAGAUCCUAUGUAAAUACCUAAUAUUGCAUUUUUGUACGUCAAAUUAUGUUUUUUGUUAACGUUGUUCACUUUGUUUUUAUCCAGGUCCACAUUUCCCAUAUGUUCAGCCUAUGUGUAAUAAUGGGCUGUAGUCGAUUACUUGUUUAUUUAAAUUACAGGAAAAAUAUAUAUGUGGAGCUUUUAUGUAGGCUACAGGUAUACCUAAUUGCUACUCUGUGGUCAUGUUAAGCUUUUAAAAAAAUAAAAAUUAAAAAAGGAAGACUGAUGCAUACGACUGUACAUAAUAAAACUCGGUAGUGCAUACAAAAUA